AUGUCGCAGAAGACAAUCCUUAUCACCGGUAUUAAUGGAUACCUGGCUUCAAACACUGGUAGUGCUGUGUUGAAAGCAGGCCAUAUUCUUCGUGGCACUUGUCGCUCUCGCGAGAGAGUAACAGCCUUACUUGAAGGACCAUGGAAGCAAUAUGCAUCUCAAAUUGAAAUUGCUGUCGUACCAGAUAUUACUGAGACUAAUGCCUUCGAUGAAGCCGUCAAAGGUGUGUCGGCAAUCAUCCACAUGGCUGCUCCGGUAAUUAGCCCCGAGAUCACCAAGGCGUCAACCCAGUUAAUCGAACCCACAAUCGCUGGAACACGAAACUUGUUGAACUCGGCCCUGAAUUACGCCGGAAAUCAGCUGGAGAUAUUUGUGUUCACCUCCUCCGCAGCGGCCUGUAUCAAGCCCGGCGCUCAACCACCUUACGUUUAUAAUGAUGAUAGCUGGAACGUCACUCACCCGAAGAUCGUGGAGAGAGAGGGUGAUAAUGUUUCUAUAUUCACUUCAUACCCUGUCGCAAAAAUCAGGGCGGAGAAGUACGUUUGGUCCCUAUACGAAAAGAAGUUACCAUUUGCCAUUGCAUCAAUCUGCGGCUCCAUAGCAACCGGACCGCCAAUUCUCCUCCCCCAGUCUGAAUCCGAAAUCCCCUCUACCUGCAAAGCCGUUCUGGAUGCUCUGCGUGGCAAGAAAGUACCCGGACCCCAAGACCACAUUGCCCAAAUCGCCGGCGCCGCACCGUACUCGGAUAUCCGUGACAUUGCCAAAAUAUACCUCUGGUGCGCUGAGAACCCUAAACUGGCGGAUGGACAGCGCUAUCUGGUUGUUGCAGGCCAUGGACCACAGCAGGCAAUAUACGACAUCCUACGUGAAGCCUACCCGGAGCGCGCAGAGAUCAUCCCCAAAGGUGAUCCAGCGUUUCGGUAUAAUAGGGACUGGACCUUUGAUACGGAUGGCGUGCAGUUCGACUCGAGCAAGGUGAAGAACCAAGUUAGGUUGGACUUUAUUUCUUACAAGAAAACGAUUCUAGAUACGGCGGAAGCGUUGGCACCAUUCUGGAGGUGA